AUGCCAGCCCCCCGCAAGUGCCAAGCGAGAGUGGGCAUCCAGCCAGGGCGGAAUGUGCCAACUCAGCGCGUUUGGUCUCCGGUGCGCCGUAUCUGCCCAGGGUAUCCUGCGCCGGCUCUGCGUAUGGUGUCUCCGGGGCGCUGGAAGGGUUCAGUUCGCCCUAUGCCUGCGCUCUGCCUGUGCCGGGCGAAAGUGGGCAUUGAGCCUAAUGGAGAGGUGCGAGUGUUAAACACCAGAUCUCCAGUGCUCCCCCACAGCCCGGUUCGACCUGUGCCUGCACUCUGGAGGAGCCAGGCUCAAGUGGGUAUUCAGCCUGGAGGAGUGGUGCCAAUGUUGCGCACCAGAGCUCCAGUGCUCCCCCACCGCCCUAUUCAUCCGGUGCCUCCUCCACGCACCAGGCCUCCUGUAGGUCUCCCCAGCCUGCCUCCAGAGGCGCCCUUCGGUCCGGAGCUUCCAGAGGCACCCUUCGGUCCGGAGCUUCCAGAGGCGCCUUCGGUCCGGUCCGGGCCUCCAGUCCGGCGCCUCCAGAGGCGCCCUUCGGUCCAGAGCUUCCAGAGGCGCCCUUCGGUCCGGAGCUUCCAGAGGCGCCCUUCGCUUCCAGAGGCGCCCUUCGGUCCGGAGCUUCCAGAGGCGCCCUUCGGCCCGGAGCUUCCAGAGGCGCCCUUUGGUCCGGAGCUUCCAGUGGCGCCCUUCAGUCUGGAGCGUACAGAGGCGCCCUUCAGUCCGGAGUGUACAGAGGCGCCCUUCAGUCCAGAGCUUCCAGUGGCACCCUCCUGUCCAGAGCUUCCAGCUGCGCUCUUCAGUCCGGGGCUCUCUACGAGGUUCCCCAGUCCAGGGUCGCCGGCGAGGGUCCCCACUCUAGAGGUGCCCCCUAAGUGGGCCAAGCCAGAGGUGGAGCGGGAAGACAGGAAGCUGUUUGUCGGGAUGCUAAACAAACAACAGACUGAGGAGGACGUGUACCGCCUCUUUGAGCCCUACGGAGUCAUCGAGGAGUGCACCGUCCUAAGAGGUCCCGACGGAAACAGCAAAGGCUGUGCCUUUGUAAAGUUCUCCACACAUGCUGAGGCCCAGUCUGCAAUCAGUGCCCUUCAUGGCAGCCAGACCAUGCCAAACGGCUCCGAUUCUCUCCCCCCCCAGGGCGCGUCCUCCAGCCUGGUGGUGAAGUUUGCCGACACCGACAAGGAGCGCACCAUCCGCCGCAUGCAGCAGAUGGUGGGCCAGUUUGGCAUCUUUAACCCAGCCAUCGCCCUUCCCUUCAGCACCUACAGUACCUACGCACAUGCAGCACUGCUGCAGCAUGACAAUGAGCUCAUGCAGCAGCAGGCAGCCAUCAUGGCAGCGAGCCACGGGGGCUACCUGACGCCCAGCAUGGCCUUCCCCGCCACCCAACUCCACCAGAUGGGGGCACUCAGCAUCAACGGCCUCCCACCCAACUCCAUGACCCCGGUGUCUGGGGAGUUCCACCAGGCACUGGGUCUUAGCUCUCCACCAGCCAACAUCACCACUCCCAGCAUCGUCACUCCCAUCGUCAACGGCUUCACGGGCAUCCCCCACCAUCAGCCCAACGGACAUCCCGCCGUGGAGACCAUGUACAGCAACGGCCUGCCGUCCUAUUCCACCCAGAGCCCCACCGCCGCAGACACCCUCCAGCAAGCCUUCACCGGAGUACAGCAAUACACAGCUAUCUACCCAGCUGGCACACUGACUCCCAUAGGCCAGACACUGCCUCAGCCAUCACAGGUCAUCCAGCAACAGCAACAGAGAGAAGGUGAGGGGCCCGAGGGCUGUAACCUGUUCAUCUACCACCUGCCACAGGAGUUUGGAGAUAAUGAACUCAUGCAGAUGUUUCUGCCUUUCGGGAGCGUCAUCUCCUCCAAGGUCUUCAUGGACCGAGCCACCAACCAGAGCAAAUGCUUCGGGUUUGUGAGCUUCGACAACCCAGCUAGCGCACAGGCAGCUAUUCAAGCCAUGAACGGCUUUCAGAUUGGAAUGAAGAGGUUGAAAGUCCAGUUAAAACGACCGAAGGAUGCCAGCCGCCCUUACUGACACAACCUAGCCCUCAGUGUUCACUGCAACAGCACAGGUUUUGAGGACAACUGAAGAUAUCUUGGAGUUCAACUUUUUUUCUUUGAAAACAAAAUUUAUGUUUAAAAAAAAUCCACACAAGGAAUUUUCGAAGACAUAUCAGCAUUUACUUUUGAAGAAGACGUAGGCUAUUGCAAUGAUGAAGAGAUUGAAGAUGGUGUGAAGGAGUUGGCAGCAGCUACACCGAAGGACUUCAACGCAACAAACGGCACAGUGCAAGAAAUACAAGAGAAGUUAUAAAAAAAACUGAAAAAAGAUGUGAAACUUUUCUUGUUGAGACUUGAAUUGUUAAUUAAGCAACAAACAAACAAAAAAGCAGCAACAACAAAUAGAUUUCUAUAUACGUAUUAUAUACACAUAUAUAUAAAGAAAGAGGCGCUUGUGGCUUUUACUAUACUGGAUAAAUGAGGGUUAACACUUGAAGAUCAAGAAAAACAGUGGAAAAAAAGAAGCUAUUCUGUCCUACUGAUGGACUUUCUUUCUCUUUCCCUCUUUCUCUUAUUCUCUCACCAUCUCUCAGCAAGCGCCAGACUAUGACUUUCUGGGGUCACUGAGGUUUCCAUUAGCUACAGUACAACUGAAAAUCUUUCACCCCUAAGGGACCAAAGGACCAAACAUUUUUAUUGCUCUCAACAGUAAUAUAAUAUAGUAUUAAUGAUACUAAUACUACAAACUACUACUAAUAAUGUUACAAGUUAAAACUUAAGAAGAAACUUACUAGCUUCAGGUUGGAGCAGGAAAAGGGGUUUUUCUUUUAUUUUCCUUUUACAUUUAUAGCUACUGGGUUUGAGAAUAUUAAAAAAUCUAAAAAAAUACAAAAUAAAAAAAGUAUUUUAAAAGCUAUACUAUUUUAGUGGACGUAGAAUAUGUGGAUUAGAGAUUGUUUUGGGCAUGUUCAGAUCUGCUGUUAGCAGUCAUCAUUCCAAAUCUGGACUCAUCAUCUUGGACAUAUCUCUCUAGUAACUUCUCUGUGUUGAAGGAACAAAGCAACUCUGAGUAGCUGCUCAUAAAGCGCCACACUGUAGUGCCAAAAGAUAUUCCGGAAAUUGUGUCAAACCAAACAUUCAAGACAUACAGUGUAUUGAACAAUAUUUUCAAUCUUCUGCUGUUUCUAGUCCCCCUGUCAGCGCACUGUGUUCCAUUGUGAUGUAUUAUCAUUGUAGACCACCAUCUUUUUUUAUUGCAGAAAAAGGCAUUCCGUGUCAGGAAAAAGCGAGGCAGCGUCAUUAAAGCACUGAUAAUACAGAUUAUCUGACCAUAAAGCACAGCUGUAAAAGUGCCACCCGGUAGUGUGGAUACGGAGCAGUAAAGAAGCUCAACAUCUUUAACUGGUUAAUAAAAUAUACAAAUUACCCUGACAAUGGUUAUAAAAUUGCCAACCAAGCGUUGCAGUGCCUACUGGGUCCUGCCCCCUACCGCUGCCAGCUUUCUCCAGCUGCUCUC